GUAAAGUAUAUAUAGAAGGGCCUGAAAAAGAGAAUCAAUACCAAAAAAGCCCCACACUUUACUAGUACACUGCUCUGUCUCUCUUAUCGUUCUUGCAGCUUUUUCUUUCUUUCUCGGGCUCUGGAAAAUUGGUAUCUCAGCCUCUGGAAAUUGAGCUACCCCCAGGAAGAACUAUGUAUGUUAUCUGGAUACAGGCAUGUAUAAGAACCAAUUGCAAGAGUUGGCUCAGAGAAGUUGUUUCAAUUUGCCCUCUUAUUCGUGCAUCCGGGAAGGUCCAGAUCAUGCCCCUCGAUUCAAAGCAACUGUCAACUUCAAUGGAGAUACUUUUGAAAGUCCUACAUUUUGCACUACCCUUAGACAGGCAGAACAUGCUGCAGCAGAGGUAGCAUUGAACACACUUGCAAGAAGAGGACCUUCCAGAGCAUUGGCUGCAAGAGUAUUGGAUGAAACUGGAGUUUACAAGAACUUGCUUCAGGAGACUGCUCACAGAGCUGGUUUGAACCUUCCUGUUUAUACUACUGUUCGAUCUGGACCAGGCCACGUUCCUGUUUUCUCAUGUACUGUUGAGCUAGGAGGAAUGAAUUUUAUUGGGGAUCCAGCUAGGACAAAGAAACAAGCUCAGAAAAAUGCUGCCAUAGCUGCUUGGACAUCCCUGAAAAGACUGGCUCAACGUGAUUCAUCUUCUCCCUCAAUGGAGUCCCAAGGCAUUGAGGAACAGGAACAAGUCAUUAUUUCUCGUAUUCUUGGACAUUUGCGUCCAUCUGAUCCUAAGAACCCUCGAAAUGAUCGCAGACAUGGACAACAUGGAUACACUCCCAUCUGCAACAAUUCUACCCUGCCAACGCCAAGCCUAUAUCCGAUGCAAUUCCAUCACUGGGCUUAUUCUAAUUAUUCCCCUGAACUAGCCAUGUAUCAAUUGUGGCAGCAAGAGCAGUUACUACAGCAACAAAACCGAUUGUUGGCGCUUCCUGUUUUACCAGCUGUUCCAUCCAUUCCUCAAAUGUAUCCAUUUAUGCAAUCCAUGCUUCACCCAGAUCACCAUCUUUACUUUCCAUCAAGAGAGGAAGAGUCAACCUCUGUUGGACCGAAAUUUACAAUCUCUACUUCUGGCCCAUCAUUCUGCUUCUCAAACCAUUUGGUUCCUAAUCCAAUCAGGGGCAAGUCCACAGUGACUAUUCAAGAGAUACAGGAAGAAAAAUCAGAAGAAUCAGCUGAGUACUCUCCAUCUGUAGUGCCAGUUCCCUUUGGUCUUGGAAACAGUACAACUGAACUAAGAGUCCAGGAACAAGUGCGGGAUGACAAACAAAAGCUUGUCGAGUUGGGAAGCAGAAUUGAAAACCUUCAGCUGGAAGGGAACCAAACUGGGCAAUCUGAAUGGGGUAACCCAGGGACCAUGGAUUCUAGUUUCAAGCCAGUGGAUUUUGGGUUACAAAAUCCUCCAAGAAUGAGUCCUCCUAGAAGUCUUAGACCACCAUCUGCUGCAGAUCCUGUACUGAUCAGAACUGUAAGACCGUCUUCCUCAUUAGGAUCUAGACCGUCUAGACCACAGAAUUUGCCAACCAGGUUUCCUGCUCCACCAAGAAUGAGAGCUGGAAUCCCUUCAUAUUCAGCCACACCCACGCUUCAAAGAAUGGAAUUUGGCAGACCAAGACCUAGCUUCAUGGCACCAGCUGUUCGAAUUAGGUCAGUUGUACCAGUUUGUUCAGCUCCACCAGCAAGAAGCAUGCAAAGUUCCAGCCAGGAGACUGUGAUACCCAACAUGGAGAAGAAAGAUACCAGUCAACACGACAUGUCAAAAUCAAGUUAAGAGCUUCAUUUUCUUCAUAUAUGAACCAAGUAUAGGUAAUACAGAAAGUCCUUUUGAAUUUGGAUAGUUUCUGGUGUGAGCAAUAGGGCGGUUCAGGAGAAGCAAUUGGUGCUUCUACAAAACUAAAUAAUUCAAUAAAUGAGUAGCUUUUUUGGGAGUACCUGUAUAAAUUUGACAUUGGUUUGGUUAGCUUAAUCAGGGUUCAGACAUUCA